GGGCAGACAGCUGCGGGACAGUCGUCGCGUCGCUCGUUGGGUCGGGUGCUGUUGCUUUAAUUGGAUUUUUAUCGGUUGUUUACGUUGGUUGCUUGGUUUUGUGGUGGGGUUGUCUGUUUGGUUUGUGAUACGUCCCGUCCGUCUAUCGUCGUCGUCGUCGCGGUGAGUCGUACGAUGUUUAUAAAAGAUGAGUUCACUUCAAUAAAGCUGAUGCUGAAGCUCAAGCAAUCCAAUUCCAAACUAGAAAAACAGUUAUAAAUAAAUAUGAAUCCCAAAUGGCCAUUUGUGGUGUUUUUGCUGUUUAUUGUUUCUAUAUCAUGCGUACAAUGCAGAAAAAAUAAUCCCGAAGGCAAUAGACGCAAUAAGAAACCAGAUAAUCAACAUUCCGAUGAACAAGAAGAAGAUGAUUUAUCUUUAUGGAUCAAUGAACAACAAUUACGUGUUCUAAGUGGUUUCAGUAUAAAAAUCUAUGCUAUACAAAACGGAAGAGUCUACACAGACUUGAGAGAUCCAAAUUUCAAUCAAUAUCUACCAACAAUCCCAUCAGAAGUCAACAGUGUUAACUUUACAUGGAAAUCAGGAAAUAAAAAGUAUGACUAUAAUUUCGAUCGUUUGAAAUCAACCGAUGAGAGCAUUCUUAAAACACCAACUGUUUCUAUUAAGACUAAAGGCAGAAUACCACAUCAUGAAAAAGAUUUUAGCAUUUUUCUACCAUGUACGGGAAACAAUUCCGGUACGGCUAUGUUCAGCAUAGGUUUGCUUAUACAAAAUCGAAAAGGUAAACCUCUGCCAGGUACACCGCUAAGGCUGCGUUUCAAAAAGGAAUGCGCACAUAGAGGUGUGUAUGAUAGAACCGCUUCCAACCCACUAACAUCCCAGCAAGGUCCUGAUCCUCAAUGCAGUCUUAAGUGCGGCAACAAUGGAUUUUGCAAUCACGACAUAUGCCAAUGCAAAGCUGGCUACAUGGGACAGUACUGUCAAACAGCGCUAUGUUAUCCGCAAUGCAUGAAUGGUGGAAAUUGCACAGCUCCUGCCGUUUGUUCAUGUCCGGAUGGCUAUCAAGGACGACACUGUGAAGGUGGUAUUUGUGCAGAGAAAUGUUUGAAUGGGGGUAAAUGCAUUCAAAAGGACACCUGUCGCUGCUCAAAGGGCUACUAUGGAUUGCGAUGCGAGUUUUCUAAAUGUGUUGUGCCAUGCAGUAAUAAUGGACGUUGCAUUGGCAAUAAUAUGUGUCGUUGUAAGAAUGGCACCAGAGGUAACCAUUGCGAGAUUGGAAGGAUACAGCGAUCGACGUGUAAGAGACGUUGCAAACAUGGCAUUUGCCAAAACAGCAAAUGUAAAUGUGACGAGGGAUGGCAAGGGAAGAAAUGUAAUUCUCGAAAAAUCAAAAAACCUCGCUCAAAAUCAAGUUAAAGUCUGAACAGUUUUGAGAAUGAAAAACUCCUUCACACAGUCAGUCAGUGUCAUAUUAUAGCAUAGCUAUGUAUGAGCUUCGCAUGGGAUAUUAAAAUAUUAUUUGAAUUUUUUUGAAAAUUCAUAAUAAAUUGUAAACCAAUA